AACAAAAAUGGCGGCGGGUGGGGUGGCUGGGUCAGUUUCAUCUCAUUGUCGAGUAAUUAAGUUUAUCCACGUUUCUAUUUAGUAGAUAUGAUUUUAUGUUGUCCUUGGCAGUUUCUGUCUACUUAAUUUCUCAUAGAUUUAUCGUGUAAGGCUGGCAUAAAAGGAUUGAACUUAAAAGAUUAUCAUUCUGACAGAGUAAGAAGCUUUCAAGUCUAUCAGAAGCGACCCUCUAGUGCUCACUUCUCUGGUAACACGUAUAUAUAUUGCUUCAAUUCUUGGAAUGCUCCUCUGUAACUAAAUUUGUAUAAGGAAGCACAGGUGGUGGGGGAAAGGAAAAUUCGUCAUUUACAGAACAAGUCGGUAGGCCUGAUAGAGAAUGUCUUUAUUUAAAGCUCGGGAGUGGUGGUCUACAAUAGUUGGCAAUAAAGAAGAAUUUGAUCAAGGAUGUUUAUGUGUUGCAAAUAUUGACAAUAGCAGUAGUGCACAAGAUAAAAUUAUUGUGGGCAGUUAUAUGGGAUUUCUUAGAAUCUAUCAUCCCCAUCCUAUAAAACCUGGACAUGUUAUGCAAGCUGAAGAUAUGCUCUUGGAAGUACAGUUAUGUGAGCCAAUAUUACAAGUGGAAGUAGGAAAAUUUGUUUCUGGCACAGAAUUGCUUCAUCUGGCUGUAUUGCAUUGCAAAAAAUUAUGUGUCUACGCUGUCUCAGGUAGCUUAGGAAAUACAGAAUAUGGCAACCAAUACCAGCUAAAAUGUAUGUAUGAACACAGUCUUUAUCGAACUGCAUAUAACAUGACAUAUGGACCAUUUGGAGGUAUAAAAGGUCAAGAUUUGAUCUGUGUACAGUCUGUGGAUGGAAUGCUUAUGUUGUUUGAACAAGAAAGCUAUUCGUUCGGACGUUUCCUUCCUGGCUUUCUUCUUCCUGGUCCACUGACAUAUAGUUCUAGAACAGAUUCAUUCAUUACCGUCUCUUCCUGUCGGCAAGUUGAGAGCUACAGGUAUCAAGUACUUGCAUUAGCAAAAGAUGCUGAAACACAAGAAACUGAGCAACAAAAAAUUGGAUCCGGAAAAAAACUUGUGGUGGACUGGAUUUCAAACAUUGGGGAGCAAGCCCUGGACAUAUGUGUUGUUUCAUUUACUCAGCUCGUUUCCAGCAUAUUUGUUCUUGGGGAGAGAAAUUUUUUUUGCUUUAAGGAUAAUGGACAAAUUCGAUUCAUUAAAAAGCUUGACCAAAGCCCAAGUUGCUUUCUUCCAUACUCAGUGUCUGGAACUGCCAUAAAUACACUGAUUGGAAAUCACCACAGCAUCCUACAUAUUUAUCAAGACAUGACUCUAAAAUGGGCAACUCAGCUUCCUCAUAUUCCUGUAUCAGCACGACUGGGGAAAUUACUAAAUUUGAAAGGUGUGAUUGUUACACUGAAUGAUAGUGGCUAUCUACAAUGUUCUUACCUUGGUACUGAUCCUUCUUUAUUUCAAGCUCCUAAAGUUGAAGCUAGGAAUAUUAAUUAUGCAGAAUAUGAUGCAGAAAUGAAUAAACUCCAGAAAAUCAUUAAAGAAGCCAGGAAAAUUAAAGAUAUCCUUCCUAAGUCUGAAAAGAGUGAAGAUUUUGCACUUGGUGUGACAGUCUUGCCUGAUCUGGAUUCAGUUUCUCAAGCUGUUGACAGUGAAAUUAAAGCAGAGGUGAGUCCUUCUGUGGUGAUAAAGAUUGAAAUUGAAAGCAGAUUACCAACACUUACGAAAUUAACAGUAUGUGUCCCAUGUCCUUUAUCAUUGACCCAAAACUCCUUCAUUUUAGAAUUAGAAUCUUCUGUAUCUAAAACUGUUGUGCUUUCUGCUUUUCAAAAAGGGAACUACCUACCAGCAGAUUUGGAAGGUAGUGUUAUAGCAUCAUACAAUACAGCCACAGGUGCACAAAGGAUUGCCCAAUGCAAAUUCCGAUUACCUUUGCGGCUGCUUUGUUUUCCUGCUCAGCCUUCAAAAACAGCAAGCCAGAGGUUAACUAUUGAUACCAACAAACCUACAGUCAGUCUUAUUACUCUUUUUUCAGACUUUGCUGAUCAAAUUGAUGAGGAUCAACUUAAUGUUUUAGGAUUUCAAUUAUUAGCUGGCUCCAGAAUCACUUUACUUGCUUCAAAAACUUCUCAGCGUUACAGAAUUCAAAGUGAUCAAUUAGAAGACAUUUGGCUAAUUACAAAAGAACUCACUCUUCGUCUUGAGCAACACUUCAGGAGGCAAAAUUGCAAAGAUUUUGUAUGUACUUUUUCUGGUCCAAUCCCUUUACAAGACUAUUUUGACAUAAUUGACCACCAUUUUGAGCUGCGUUUGAAUGCUGUGAAAUAUGAGCAACUAUUAGCUGAAAGAGCUAUACAAUUUAGAGCUAUUGAACGGCGUUUACUGACAAGGUUUAAAGAUAAAAGUCCAGCUCCACUUCAACAUCUGGACACCUUGUUAGAAGGAACGUACAGACAGGUAAUAGCUCUAGCAGAUGCAGCUGAAGAAAACCAAGCCAUUAUGUUCCAGGCAUUCAGAAAAUUAAAAAGUGCCACCCAGCUGCUAAUCCUGCUGAUUAGUCUAUGGCAAAAACUGAGUGUUGACCAAGUUGCUAUUCUGGAAGCUACAUUUCUGCCAUUAACACAGAAUACUCAAGAAUUGGGUUGGGAAGAAAGUGUGGAUGCUUCUAUCUCUCAUUUGUUAAAAACAUGUCUGUCCAAAAGUUCUAAAGACCAUGCUCUUAUACUUUUUAAUCAAUUAUGCAUCCCCAAGGAUACUAAUAGAUUGAAGAAGCACAUAACUUUACUCUUCGAUAGACUGGCAAAAGGUGGUCGUAUGUCUCUAAACACAGACCUAGACUGUCACCAACCUGUGCUUUUGUCAGGUGGCUAUGAUACUAUCCCAGAGUCUGAUUUUGAAGAAAGACCAGCCAUACAAAACUCAACAAAUGUUUGUCAAUUACAAGAAUCUGGAUAAGCGAGAUAACAAACCUGAGACUAAGUAAAGAAACAGUACUGGAGCCUGGAGUAUAUGUAAUGUCAUUAUAAAAAUGAACUUUUACAAAUUUUGUGCAUAUAAUUGAAGAAUAAAAUUUUAGACUCAUUAAGUAUUUUUAGCAUCUGUGUAGCAACAAUACCUGUUAUAAGAUGAGCUACACUUUUCUGACUAAUAUGUACUUCCCAAAUUUUGCAAAAUACUUCUCAAAUAUCUCUACAUGGAGGGAAGUAAGCAGUGGGGUACCACAAGUUUCUGUCUUAGGCCCAGUACUCUUCAAUAUCUUUAUAAACAACUUAGAUGAGGGUAACAGAAGGGUAACUUACCAAAUUUGCAAAUGAUACUAAGCUGGUAGGAAUAGCUAACACCCU